AUGAGUGACAUAGAAAAUCAUACUGUCCUUGCGGAAUCAUUUGAAGAUAAUGAGAGAACUUUGGUUGAUAAUGAGCAAAUUAUUGAAGAUAAUGAAUGUCCUGCAUUAAACAACGAAUUGCUAGAAGAUGACAAUGAGCUUAUCCCUAAUGUUGGAAUGAAGUUCAAUGACGAGAAGGAAGUUUUUGAAUUUUAUAAAAGAUAUGCUUACCAUGUGGGUUUUCUUGUUAAAAGAAGGAGUUCAAAGAAGGGAGAUGAUGGGCAGCUUGAAGUGAAUGACAUAACUAGAAUUCCAUUACACAAAAGUUUUAACUCAACUAUUGUUGAAGCUGGUGGAUAUGAGAACUUGACAUUUGUGGAAAAGGAUUGCAGGAAUUACACUGAUCAGCAAUUUGUUGAACAAUAUGAGUGGGCAAUGAGGUGUAAGGUAGAAAAAGAGUUUCAGGCUGACAUUAAGUCAUUUUCUCAAAUGAUCCCAUCUGCAUUGAAGUAUCCCAUGGAGAAACAAUUUCAAGAAGUCUACACAAUGGAAAAAUUCAAGGAGAUUCAAGAAGAGUUCAUUGGGACGAUGUAUUGCACGAUUGUGUCUGCUAAAGAGGGAUCGUUGGGUACGAGUUGUCACAUGUUUGAGUUUAAGGGAAUAAUUUGUAGACAUGUUGUGACAAUAUUGAUCCACAAUGGUGUCAUAUCAAUUCCUAAGAGAUGGAAGCUUCAGGUGGAAUCCAAAAUCUUUUCAGCUGCUUCCAAUAACUUGACAAAGGACAUGCAAGAGCAGUUAAUGUAA